AUGGAAAAUCCACACGAAAACCCUGCAGAAGACGAUUUCCUGAAGAGAAUAGAGAGCAGCAAUUAUAUAUCAGCGUAUAUGGUGGAUGAUGUUCAGACAGAAAGUUAUGCAGAGGCAGAAGUUCUCAUGACUGUGUGCGCAGGCGCACAAACGAUAACAUUCAAAGUAAAAAAGGAGGGGGACAUCUCAAAGAUUGAGCUGCACUUGCACUCAAGAAAUGAACCUGCAAACUGCACAUCCGUGUGUAAAGAAGUGGCACACUGCACUCUGACAAACAAGUUUGAAAUGAGAAAAAGAAAUCAAAAAUAUGCAAACUUCUCGUGUGCGCAGUGCGGGACAACUACCACCCCGCUGUGGAGAAAGAGAGACAGCGCCAUUGUGUGCAACGCGUGCGGGCUGUACUCUCGCACACACGGGGGCAUGGGCCGGCCGAAAAAACUUUUUAAGUUCAAAAGCGGAAAAGAUAAAACUGAUCCACCAAUGGCAGAUUCAAAUUAA